GAUUAUGGGUACACAUUACUCUUUAAAGAUAUUUGGUGGUAAAGUGAAGGAGAAAGAAAGUUUGGGCAUGGUUUAGGCCACAGGGAAGGAAGAGCCUAAGGACGGCGGGUUGGCACGUAGUCCCCUGAGACAAUGGGAGCGGUGGGAUGCCACCUCCGCAGUCAACCAGCUAAUAGGCGUCUGCUCCUCAAAGUGUGGUCCACAGAGCAGCUGCGUCAGCAUCACCUGGGGCCUUGCUGCAAACGCAGAACCUCAGCGCGGGUCUAAUCAGAAUCUCCAUCUUCAUGAGAUCCCCAUAGCUUUUAACACUCACAGCUAUCAGGCCAGACAGACGCUACGAUGAGAUUGAGGCUCAAAUAAGCUGCUGAACUGAUUAGAGCUGAGCCAAGAUUCAUUUCCUGAACUUGCUCAGACCAAUGUUGUUUUCAGAAAUUCAGAGGAAUUUCUACUUUCAAUUUAACAGGAUUGUUUGGGAUGCUAGAACCCCUCCAACGACUGAGCUCAGGGUAGUUCCGUGCCUACAGAUACGAGCCCGUUAAGUUGGUGGCGUGAGACCAGCACUGCCUCGCCGGAAUCCACGGCAGCGUUGGAACUUCACUUCCCAGCAAGCCCCGCGCCAGGUGACGUCAGCGAGAGACCUGACAGACACCUCGCCCUGUCUGCUGCCCGAGCUGUCAGGCAGAGGCGGGACACCACACGCUUGACGUCAGGGCGCACAGCAUCCUGGGAUGUGGAGUCUGGCCGGGACUCGGACGCCCCCUCGAAUGAAUGGGGCCGGGCUGCCUGCGAACUACAGCUCCUGGGCCCGCGGCUUCGGUGGCGCCGCGCGGUAAGUGGAGACCGCGGCGGCCCCCGGGGACAGCGGCGCGCGGGUACGCUGGCAAUGCGCUGUGCCGCGGAGGAGGCGGCGGCCCGGUUUCCAGGGAUAGCGGUGUAGGCGGGCGCUUCCUCGGCGCGCUCGCUCCCCUUCCCUGCACCGAUGCACCCGGCCUUCGCGGUGGGCCUGGUUUUCUCAGGCUGCUGCAGUAACGUGAUCUUCCUAGAGCUUUUGGCCCGGAAGCAUCCAGGAUGUGGGAACAUUGUGACAUUCGCACAAUUUUUAUUUAUUGCUGUGGAAGGCUUCCUCUUGGAAACUGAUUUGGGAAGGAAGCGGCCAGCUAUCCCAAUAAGGUACUAUGCUGUAAUGGUGACCAUGUUCUUCACUGUCAGCGUGGUGAACAACUAUGCCCUGAAUCUCAACAUUGCCAUGCCUCUGCAUAUGAUAUUUAGAUCUGUAAGUGCUGCUGGCUUACAUACAUAUGUUCUGAAAAAUGUAGCUGACUGGUUUAAGAAAAUAUCUGAAAAUAGCAAAUCCAGGCAUCUCCUGAACCCGCUGUUUUGUUCUCUAGGUAUUGCGGCACUGACUUUUGCACUCUUGAUGUCAGCAAGGAUGGGUAUUUUCCAAGAGACCCUAUACAAACAAUUUGGGAAACAUUCCAAGGAGGCUUUGUUUUAUAAUCAUGCCCUCCCACUUCCUGGCUUUAUCUUCUUGGCUUCUGACAUUUAUGACCAUGCACUGCUCUUCAGUAAGUCUGAAUUAUAUCAAGUGCCAGUCAUUGGUGUGACAGUGCCCAUCAUGUGGUUCUACCUCCUCAUGAAUGUCAUCACCCAGUAUGUGUGCAUCCGAGGCGUCUUCAUCCUCACCACAGAAUGCGCCUCCCUCACCGUCACACUUGUUGUGACUCUCCGCAAGUUUGUGAGCCUCAUCUUUUCCAUCCUGUACUUCCAGAACCCUUUCACUCUGUGGCACUGGCUGGGCACCUUGUGUGUCUUCGUUGGGACUCUGAUGUACACAGAGGUGUGGACUAACCUAGGGACCACAAAAGGCCAGCCUCAGAAGGAAGACAAGAAGAACUGAGGUCUGCCCGCCGUAGGGAGGGCCAGGGUCUGGGCCCCACCUCACCUUUGUUAAUGCUGAAUUACCCCCAAGCACCAGAGAAUCCUCAGGAGGGGCCCCUCCGAUUUCUCGUGGCUAUACUACUGACAUUUAUGGACUCCGAAUAGCAACCCCUCAACCCUGAAAUAGAAAGAGAAUAGCUCUCUGCUACGGAACAGCCCGUUCACUUGUUAUUUGUUCUGUUUACCAAAAUAUUCAGUACGGCACUUUCUUGAAUGCUGAGUCCCCAGAGCUACUAGUUUUAUAUCCGUGGUCUUGGGCAAGUGUAUCCCUUUUGUUGCUGUUCUGUUGACUCUGCGUAAAGGUCACUGGGGCCUUUACUUACUGCGUGUGGUCCUGGGGCCUCGGGCCUAUCUGCCCCCUUCCACCCCUCAGCAGCAGCAUCAGGAACAACUGAGUGGCCCAGUGAACUGAGACACUGGUGCUGCUGGGGCUGGACUUUCCCCAGUGUUGGGGAAAGAGUAGUUGUCCCUGUGAGCUGGGCCCUGGUGACACGAGUAGGACCGGUGGGGCUUCUUUCCCACAUUUUGCUUUUUUCCUAGCAGAAGUCAUGUGCGUUCACAUCUUUUGAUUUCUGUGCUUAGAACAAACUUGCAGCCUCUCUCUAUGUUAAUGAGAAAGGAAGGUUGUAUCCGAACUUGGAAAGGGACGUUUUCCCUCUGUCCACCUGCCUAGUAGCCUAGAGCAGAGGUGUGAUGCCCAGCUGGCUCCUAGCAGGUAGGUGAAGUGGAGGAGAGAGAUGCAGCUCUGCCUGUCAACUCUGAUAGCAUGCCAGUGAGUGCGCUAAUACAUAUAUAGUAGGUGUGUAUGAAGUAGGUCAAAUCGCAACUAAAAUGAAAAGGCUUUCUUUUCCUGCCUAUGGUAUCAGUGUUCCUCUGAUGAGAUUAAUUUUGAGAAAGAGGCAUAACGUCAGUGGACCAUGUUUUGGUGUUUGUGCUUUUGUGUAGUUUGUAUAUGGUAAUUUUGGAGGCGAGACUAGCAGGAAAGUCAGUGUUCUUCAUUUCCUUGUUCUUCAGUAGGCAUUUAAGCUGACCGGCCACUUCUCCUUUUGCACAGAGAUGAAGGCUUUUGCACAAAGACAAAAAAAAAGGGGGUGGGGGCAGAGAUUGUGUUCUUAAGUUGAGGUGUGGGUCUCCAGGUCUCACACUGAGGUGCGGUAUGUCUGCUCCACAGCCGGGAGCUGUUCCCUGGUGGGGUCUGAGGUCAGUGUCUCUAGAACCGCUGGGUUGCUUCAGGGAAGUCGCUUAAGCUGUCUUGGCUUUUUGUUACACAAAAUGUGGAUACUGUUUCUCCACCUGAGCCACAAGGUUCCCAGACUGAUUUGUUGUUUUGGACACUGACCACUUUCAAGUGCCACUAAUGGUUUAGUCUAAAAGAUGCUGAAUUAGGUGUGAACCCAUUCAUGGAAUCAGAUGGUACUUUCUUUGAAAAAUGUGGAGUUCCUCAGACUGAUGGUGCUAUAAAUACCAUGGGUUGAAUAUCCUUUUAAAAACAACAAAAGCUGCUUUUUUAAAUCACUUUAUUGAGGAACCUGUCCUUAGACUCUGUUAGCUGUGUAUCUGGAGUCUUACCAAGAUAACUCUGAACAGGACAGAACCUUCCACCACAUAGUAUCACCCUUUUUAUUGGUGGCAAAUAUUAUAAUAUAUGCUGACUGAACUGUUGAUGUACACAGACAGCUCUUCACUGGGUCUGUUAGGUUUUAGAGAAUGUGUGUCCCUCUCAGUCUGAAUGCUCUGCUGGUCUUAUUAACAAGAGGUUCUGUAUGGACAGAUAAGGGCACUCAUACAUUGAAACAAACACAUGUAAGAACAGAAUGUCUGAAAUGCCCUGUGGGUUGAUUUUUCUUUCUAGUGGUUGAAUGUAAGGAAGUAUGUCUAACAGAUACUAGUUGAUUUUUUUAACAAGCUUUUUUUUUUUUAACCAUUUUUUCCCCUUGCACAACUGACUUUUCAAUCCAGGUUGAAAUUUAUUUCAACCUUUAUUAAAGGGGCAAAUAAACCAUUUUUUAGAGAAUCAGAUUCAUAUGUAACUAGAGGAGAAAUGUUUAUUAAAUAGAUACUCUUUCUCUGGAUCAAGAUCAUGUAACUUUGUGCCCCAGAGAUAGAGGAUAUGGUUUGUUUACAAAAGAAAUUGUUGUUUAAGACAUCCCAAACUCUACCCUUAGAGCAAAGAUCAAAUAACAGUUGACACUAACCAGCAAAUGAGCCAUGUAUGGGCAUACCUAUGUGCCCACUUAACAGCUAGACUGGGGUCCUAAAUAAAGUAACGGGAGGAAAUGGUGGCUGUUUGAAUUAUAUGUCUGCAUACCCUUUACCACAAUUCUGUUGUCGCAUCAUAAGCUCUCUUUUUCUUUUUGUAUUAGUAAUUAAUUUUUGAUCCUUUAUUUUCUUUUUCAUCCAACUAAACAGCCAUUAAUGCACUAGGUAGGCUUCUAUCAGGUUUUAAUGUACUGACACAGUCCAAAGAGUUUUUUUCCUUCUUUCUGCUCUUUUAUCCAGAAUGAAAUACUCCAGUACUUGAGUUAUUUCAGUGCUAUGAGUGAAAACAUGAAAGCCAAAUGGAUGCAUGCCACCCACACAGACCGAUUCUUCCAGAAAGAUUACCUGACAUUUCUAAAGGAGUCUGACAUCUAGGGUUCAUUUCCUGAGCACCUUUCUUCCUGUCUGCCCUGUUUUUCUUUUAAUUCCUAACCCCCCCCAUCCUGUGUCCUCACUGCAGCCUCUGUUCAUUUGUAUAGCUUUCUCCUGAGCAACACCUAUCUAUAAUCUUGUGUCCGUUUAUGCCUGUAUUCUUUGGGGCCUCUCAGUGUUUUUGUGGAUUUUUACAGGGUACUUAUAUCCGCAUAGCAUGUAUUUUGUUACACUUUAUUAAAGCACUGAUACAGAGUGGGGUGUCUACCUGGCAGAGUAUGUGAAUAUAUGUAGAUGAGUAUGGACAUGAAGGGUUAAUGUAAAAAUGUUCAUAUAUUCUGUCAUGGCUCAAAAGUGUGGCUGAGAAUCUUUACCACAGUUCUUUUCUAUAUUUGGAAAAUAAUAGUUUUCCUAUUUUGCUCUUUUUGUCCUACCUUUAGCUGACUUCACUCAACACUGUCAAAUGCCUGUGGAGAGGGGAGGCAGAAAACAUUAGGUCAGGAAUGAUUCUAAACCAGUGCAUUAGCUCGGGCUGGUGGACAUGCUCAUCAGUGGACCAGCUGGCAUAUUAGAGAAUGUGGCAAAGACCGGGAGCAGGUACGCAGUGCACACUGAGAGCACAUCACAGAAGCGUGCAGUCAAGAUCCUACCCUUGCAGUCAUUUGUUUCUUGUGGGCGUGGAGUUAUGAGUAAUUCUGCCCUUAUUAGGUAAAGUAUUUGGGUCUCAGUAGCUUUAUCCUGGGAAAUGGGAAUGCUCUUACCUGCGGUCAUCCACUCUUAGGUUGAAAGAAGUGUCAAAGUAGAUAAGAUACACUCGUUAUUAUUACUGGUUGUCCUGGCAUUUGAGAAUGAGUAAAAACAGUGUUUGUAAAUGAAAGAACUAGUCAUUGCACUGGGAUAUGUUCAGUACACCCCGAGCUGGGGUGGCCGACUGUGUAGUAUUGUCUCCUCCCAGCAGCUUCCUGCCAGUAGACUUUGCAAAGAAGGGAGGAACCAGGGGUCAUGCCUUAGUUCUGUUUGCCAGUCCCGGCACGGUUUCUGAGAAAACUUCUGAUGGCUCCUGAUACCUGUGUUCCUACUCUUCUUUAGCUGGUUGGCAAGAAAGCAAAUAAGAGGAAACCUUCCUAAGAUUCGAAGCCAGAGAAGAAAUAAAGGGCACACACCAGGGAUUGCUCCCGGCAUGCUGCUUUUUGCUGUCUUCCUGCCUCGUGGUCGGAGGAAGAGCAUUACAUCUUGAGCACCUUGCACAUGAGAUGUACAGUGCAAGGAGAUGCCUAUCAGAGUAGCAUUAAGGAUUUCUAAAAGUUUUUGAAGUAGGUUAUUUGGGGUGAACCUUACAUUUCCAUAGCUGGUUUGUAUUGGCUGAUGCCUGGAGCUCAUUGUCUAUUUGUCUGUUCUCAGUAUCAUACUGAGACCUCUGCCUGUGCUUUACCUACUUAAAUCAUUAAUCAUCCUGGCAAACUGCCUCAAUUUUAGUCAGGUAAGGUAAGCUGCAAGGGUACCACAGGUAGGUGGGGUGGGGAAGCUUAGUCUACAUUUAGAAGAAAUAAAACUCAUGUUUUUUUUAAGAAAAAAAGCUUUAUAAUUCCCUGGCACAUUGGAUUAUAUAUAUCUUGUGAGAUAUAAGGAUGACGCCUAUGAACCCAGGAUGCGUGGUGAUCCCCAGGGCGAUACAAAUGGCUGUGUAUAUUACUAUAUCACAGUCAUUUCUGUGCAAGUUGUUUCUGUUCCAGAGAAUGGCAUCUUCCUCCAAAGAAGAGGAUGAUAUUUUAAGUAGAAUUUCCUAACAAAUUAUGUGGAGUGGGGGUGUGGGGAGGAAUGGUAGGGUUAUGGUUUUCCCAGCCUGGGAGCUGGUCAUUCAGUAUUGAGUUUUAAGAACAAAGAUGGGGCAGAGAUAGCAGUAGAGUAUGUAGAACAGCUAAUAGGCAUUAGUGAGCAUUCAGAUGUUGAGCUCUGUAAAUAUUAAACAUUGGCUUCCAGCCUUGUGAGUUAUUUGAGCAUAGAGUUAAGGAGUACAUGGAGAUUUUGUGAAUAAAAUGUUUUGCCAAACAAGCUGAAGAAGUCUUUUACCAUGAUUACUUAGAAAGAGCAAUUUUCUACUUUCUGAAACAACUCAUCAGACACCUGGUUUUUAUCCUGAAUUGUACAGUCGUCAUUGUUUCUUAAUAAAAGUGAUAAAUUUG